CACCGUGCGAAGAUAAAGGAGUUGUACCCCGAGGGCUGGGCCCCUGCGCGCAAGCUCUCGCGCGAAGCCAUGGAUGGCCUCCGUGCGCUGCAUCAGUAUGACCCGGAGUCGUUCUCGACGCCAGUUCUCGCCAGCAAGUUCCAUAUCAGUCCCGAAGCCGUCAGGCGGAUACUCAAGAGUCGCUGGGAACCACCACGCGACCAA